AUGAUUAUAGGAGGAGCCCGUGGGAUAGGACAAGAGUUGACUCGAGGCAUCGCAAAACUCGGAGGUCAUGUUGCGGUGCUGGACAGAGCGAAGGAACCAUCCUUCGACUUAUCAGAGCUGAGACGUGUUUAUGACAUACAAGCCCGGUAUUUUGAGACCGAUGUCACCGACAAGAACAGCCUGGAAGAUGCUUUCAUAAAUGUCAUUAAGGCAUAUGGACAAAUCAAUGGAUGUGUCACAGCAGCCGGAGUCAUGUUCGUCGAAGAUUUCCUCAGCCACGGGUGGGAUGAUGCUGUCAACACCCAAAUGGUCAACGUCAUAGGGACCUUCAAGACGGUCCAACUAACAGCACGGCAGAUGAAAGCCCAAGGCACUGGGGGGAGCAUUGUGAUGGUUUCCUCCGUGGCAUCACAUCAAAGCUCACCAGCUCUGCCUAUAUCUGCAUAUGCCGCGUCCAAAGGCGCAAUCCAAGGACUAAGGCAUGCUCUUGCCGUUGAACUUGGCCCCCUGGAUAUCAGAGUCAAUACAAUAUCUCCGGGAGGAGGAAGCAUUCUCAGGGAACUUUGUGAAGCAUCCACAUGCUCGAUAACAUGUUUUGUCCGCACAGAAGACCAGGUGGUGCAAUUGGCGACGAAAGGCAUCAAUGCCGUGCGGUUCAAUGGCCUCGACGAUCUAGAGAGGCUAGAGGAGGAAGCUCGUGAGUACGAUGUGGUCUUGAAUGCUGCAUCGGCAAGCCAUGCCAAAGCACCGGUGGCCAUCAUCCGAGGCCUGGCCGAGAGGAAGAUCCAAACCGGCCGACUUGUGCACUAUAUUCACACCUCCGGGACGUCGAUAUUGUCGGAUCAGCCUGUGUCGGGCAAGUUCGUAGACACGAAGCGAUACUCUGAUAAUGACGACAUAUAUAACUAUGAGAAGAAACGAGGCCCAUACCGUCAACGGAUCACGGACAUUGCAGUUGUCGAGGCCGGGGAACAAUUCAAAGUGCCCGUGUACAUUGUUGUGCCUCCAACCAUCUAUGGCAAAGGCACGGGUUAUUUCUCGACAAUAUCUCAGCAAGUCCCAUACAUCAUCCGUGAGUCGAUCAAGAGGGGACAAGCUGUCGUGGUUGGCAAAGGAGACGCACACUGGAACCAUGUCCAUAUCUGUGACCUGGUCACCUUCUAUAUGUUGUUGUUGGAAGAGAUCCUCGCAAGCCGCAAGCAAGUCCCCUCGGGAAAGGAAGGCUUCUAUUUCUGUGAGGCUGGCGAGCAUACCUGGCUAGAAUCUUCCCAGAACAUUGCGAAUGCUUUGUACAAGCAGGGUUUGGUUGCCACCACGGCAGUUAAGAGUAUCAGUCUCCAGGAAGCAGCACCAAUUCUGGAGAACGACGAAGACUUGGUCGAGAUUGUUUUGGCCAGCAACUCAAGAUGCAGCGCGGACAAGGGCAGAGGUCUAGGUUGGAAACCCCAAAGAGACAACGCCCAUUUCUACAGCCAUUUCGAGGACGAGGUUGCUAUCGUGGCUCAAGAGUUCAAGUGA